AUCAACAGGGACAAAGAACAGCUCGACCAGAGCACUACAAGCGUCGCUUCAGCUGCCUCAUCUCGUUUUUUUAAAGAAGAAAAUCAUUUUUUAACUUUUUUACUCGGACUGAGUGAAGAUGCAGCAGCCUGACAGCCAGCAGACAACAGCUCAGACAGAAACACUGGAUCCAGCAGCUCACUACCUGCGUCGCAGGAAGACGGCUCUGUUGGUGACCGUGUCUCUGCUGGCUCUGGCUCUGCUGGUGCUUGCUGUGGGUCUGGUCUCUGCCACUCGCACCGACAACGUGCCUGUUGCUGGAUAUUAUGCCGGCAUCACUCUGAGUUUUGGAGCGUUCCUGGGUAUUGUUGGCAUCCACCUGGUGGAAAAUCGCCGACCCAUGCUCGUGGCAGCGAUCAUAUUCAUCAGCAUCGGAGUCAUCGCGUCUUUCUUCUGUGCCAUUGUGGAUGGGAUCAUCGCCUCAGAGUUCAUUGACACGAGGCCUUUGCAAGAGGACAUGUGUGACUUUUACACCAGUGGAGCAGGUUAUGCCUACGACAGCUACUAUACUGAGGUGACGUGCCGUUCGUUUGACAAGGCAUGCAAGCUGAAGCUGAGGAGCAACACCUGCUACUGCUGCUACCUGUAUAACUGUGAGAGCCAAGAAUACCACACACAGUACUACGAGUUCACCGGGGUCAACAGCUGCUGGGAUGUGAUCCACCUACACCGCCUGCUGUGGGCCUCAGUGGUCCUCAACGUGUUUGCGUUGUUCCUGGGCAUCAUCACCGCAGCCCUGCUCGGAGCGUACAAAGAUAUGAAGCCGACUCCUGUGAUGGCUCCCAGCCCCACGCCGCCGCCCCACAUCCUGUACAACCCGACCCAGCACAUGCUCACCUACGCUGGCUUCUGCCCUUCGGGACAGACUCUGCCUGCCUACCCCAACUAUCCAAUACCCAUGCAGCACAACAGCAGCUAUCAGCCACCUGCUACUCCCCAGAUGAUCCCUGAGGGAGGCCAUGCCUCCAGCUCCUGCCUGUCUGAGGAGAACCAGAACCAGCAGCCCCCUCAGGCUCCCACCCAGCCACUGCCUCAGGGCACCACCCAGGAACCAGGGGGCUACAUGCUAUCACCCAACGCUCCUGUCCUCUACGGGGCCGCCUACAGCCCCUUCGAGAAACCUCCACCUUACGCCUGCUGAGCCCUCGGACAAACAUCUGGGUCAUGUUGGAGGAGAAAUAUCUUGAUCUGGUCAGACUGAAUGUAGCACAAUACAUUUCAUAGGUGACGGAAAAGAGUCAGUGAGCUUCACGGCUACUCUGUACUGGUAGGAAUGUUAUGUUUCAUGUGGUUGCACUGAGGAGAGACAGAUUUAUAGUAAUGCAGUGUGAUUAUAGACAUGAUUUAACUUAUCUCAUGUGUAUUCAUUAAAGGAAACAGCUUGGGAAAUAUGCUUAUUCACCUUUUUAAAAAGAACAUUGAGACCAUUCUUAAAUCUCUAACUCAUAAUUGUGAUGCUGGCUAACUUAGCUUAGCACAAAGACUGGAAACAGCUAGCUUGAUUCUGUACAAUGAAAACAAUCUGCCCACAAGCAUCUCUAAAUCUUUUCUGUACAAAAACUGAAGUAUAAAAACUACAAAACCCCAUUUAACAGGGGGUUAUAUGCAGGACUGUUUCUUGGUGGUCGUUUCCAGUUAACCAGCAGAGACUUAAAGAAGUUACAGCUUAACUUUAACUCUCAGAAAGUACACAAAUGAGCGUAUUUCCCAAAAUGUCAAACUUUUCUUUGAGCCUAGAGCUGGCCUUCAGAUGCUUA